CAACACUCGUUGGAUAAAGACGACGAGUGUUGGGAUCAUGAUUACAUACUUUUGCCAAUCUAUAAAAUCAAAUAUUAAGAUUUUAUUUAAUUAAACAAUAAAAUAAAAUAAGCGUAGCAUCACAUGAUAUUAUUUGAGUUGUGAACAUGGAAACGCCAGGCUGUCAACCGUUAGGAAUCCAACGUGAAUAUUUGCUGGCGAUUCCCUCUAUUCUGCGGCCACGAUCUUCUCUCCCCAAAUCCCAUCUCUCCCUACUUUUUUUUUCAGAUUAUUAAUUUAUUUAUCUAUCAAGAAUCCAAUUCCCCAGCCUUUCACUCUUGCUCAACUGCGACAACUGCUGCAGGCGGCGAGUGUGGGAAGACUCUCCGCUUAAAUCUCGCGAUUUUGACCCCGCAUUGUUCUAGGCAAAGAUUACGUGACGGAGAUGGUGGCACAGGGAUUCACUGUUGACUUAAACAAACCCCUCGUCUUCCAGGUUGGCCAUCUUGGUGAAGAAUAUCAGGAGUGGAUUCACCAGCCGAUUGUCUGCAAAGAAAGCCCUCGAUUUUUUGAAAAUGACAUUGUGGAGUUUUUGACAAAGAAUAAAUGGUGGUACAUUCCUCUUAUUUGGCUCCCGGUUGUUGGUUGGUCCCUUUCAAGGUCCAUUUAUAUGGGCCAUACAGUUCUUGAUGUAGUAUUAGUGGUACUACUUGGCAUUUUUACCUGGACAUUGAUGGAAUAUUCCCUACAUCGAUUUCUUUUCCACAUUGAGACGAAGAGUUAUUGGGGUAACACAUUUCAUUAUCUUCUGCACGGCUGUCACCAUAAGCACCCAAUGGAUGGUCUAAGACUCGUUUUUCCACCUGCUGCCACUGCAAUUCUUUUGUAUCCAUUCUGGAACUUCAUUAAAUUGUUGUCUACUCCCUCCACUGCUCCUGCUUUAUUUGCUGGUGGUCUUCUGGGCUACGUGAUGUACGAUGUAACUCAUUACUACGUGCACCACGGGCAGCCAACCACUGAAUAUCCGAAAAAUCUCAAGAAAUAUCAUCUAAACCACCACUUCCGCAUCCAGGACAAAGGUUACGGCAUUACUUCCUCGUUCUGGGACAAGGUCUUCGGAACUCUACCGCCCCCAUCAAAAGUCGCUGGGAAGAGUACAUAAAUUUUUGCAGUAGAUUCUUUCCUUAGUAUUAUUAGCUAUCAAAACUGCCUUCUGAAAAGAGCUUCUCGCAUCCAGCUUUUGAAAUGUAUGUCGUGUUUCCUUAGCAGCUUGUUGGGCAGUUGCACCUUUGUAUUUGUGGAUCCAAAAUUGUAUAAGUUGUUAUGGAGUUGAUGUUUAGCUGGAGUUCCCCCCCUUUUAGCUACUUGUUUAGGAACUGGUAUUUUAUGUACAAUUUUUUUAAUGAAUUCAAUUUUAUUAGCAGGAUUCUUGAA